GCUUUGUGUGCAUAUGUAUAAUACAAGUCUGAAAACCAUUCUCUUAUUAAAAAAUUAAUUGGCACAAUUAGCUGCGUUUCCGAUUUUUGCCUCACGUUAUCUGCACACUAUCUUUACUUCUACACGAAAUGGCAGGAAUCAAGAUUUUCUUAUGGGCAGUCGUCAGCUUUGCCAUCGUCGGUCUUGUGGCUUCAUAUCCGGCCGCUAGUGUUGAUGUAGAAGAAGAAAAUGAAGUAGCGCUUUAUGGUCAUCAUGGACAUGGACAUCAUAAUCACAGUACAUUGGCUAACAACGAAAAGGAAGACGGAGCCGGGGACACGAAAGUGACGUGUGACCUUUUGGGAGGGCUGGGUAUCGGACCGAUCUCGCUGGGCGAGAACACCCUGUGCGCCAUGCACUGCGGCCAAAUUAAGUGUAAAAGCGGAGGUUCGUGCAAGGACGGCGUGUGCGUCUGCCGUAAGGACCAGGCCAGUUGUUGGAUCUACCUGUGCAAGGGAUGCAAGUGGUGAUCUCGAUUCCACCCACAGCCACCAGAUCGCUAAGUUUCUUAGUUGCUACAAUAUACUGUAGUAGCGUUUUCUAACUAUAAGGCUUGAACACAUACGUAUUAACAGAGUAAUUCUGCUUCUGUGAAGCGUCUUGAUCAUGCUUAACGCAGAAUUUUAUCUGCUUUACUUAUUCCGCUUUGUUAUUAUUUUGGUCUGUACAAGUUACAAUGAUUUUUAGACAGUCAUUGAUUUAUUCCUUUUUCGGUAAAACUUGACGGUUGUAAAUCGGUGAACCGAAUAAAGUGUGUUUGCUAA